AUGAGCAGAAGAGUUAAGCUGGAACAUAAACAGAUCAAGUUGUUAACCAGCGACCAAAGAGCUGCAUCUUUUGAUGAGGAGGCUCUUUCUAUGAACAAGAUACGUAAAAACACAGAUAAAAAAUCGGAUACUAGUUCGGCAAAAAAUGUGCCGAGUAAAGCAGCCCGUUCAAAAUCGACAAAUAAUAUUACAAGUGAAUCUUUACAAACAAAAAAAUUGCAUCAUAUUUUACAAUUGAAUUCAGAAGAUGAAACGAUAUUGAAUAUUAAUAAAGCUUUAAGUAAAUCUCGUAAAGUAUUAGUAUUGACAGGAGCAGGUAUCUCAUGCAAUGCUGGUAUCCCUGAUUUCAGAUCAUCUGAUGGUCUUUAUAAUUUGGUGAAAAAAGAGCAUCCAAAUGUAUCUUUAGGUUCCGGUAAAGAAAUGUUUGACAUUUCUUUAUUUAGAGAUGAAUUAAAAAUAUCCGUGUGGGCUACAUUCAUGGAGAAAUUAUAUUCAAGCUGUAAAUUGGCUAAACCUACAAAGACUCAUAAAUUCAUUGCACAUUUGAAAGAUAGAGGUAGAUUAUUACGUUGUUAUACACAAAACAUUGAUGGUCUUGAGGAAACUUUAGGUUUAGAAUUAUCUAGUGAACAACCUGAAGAAGAUUUUUUGAAAAGAGAAGAUUUACAAAGAACUUUAAUUCGUAGCAAUUCAUGCACUUCUUUCAGUAAUGCUAAAUGGAAAAAUUAUGAUGUAGUUCAAUUACAUGGUGAUUUGAAUAAAUUGUCAUGUACAAGAUGCUUUCAUGUCUUUAACUGGAAUAGAUAUUGGGCAAGAUCCUUUAGAAGAGGUGAAUUACCAGUUUGUCCCCAUUGUGAAGCUAUUCAAUUGAGAAGGUCUGAACAAGGUAAACGUGUCAUUGAUCACAAUGGUAUGUUAAGACCAAAUAUUGUCCUUUAUGGUGAAAAUCAUCCAUCUGGUGAUAUUAUAUCGCAAGGUUUAAAUCUUGAUAUUUUGAGAGGUAAACCAGAUUUUUUCAUUAUUAUGGGGACCAGUUUAAAAGUUGAUGGUGUCAAAAAAGUUGUCAAACAGGUGAGUAAACAAGUACAUGAGCGUGGUGGUUUAGUUAUCUUAAUUAAUAAAUCUAGUGUAGGUGAUUCGACAUGGAAUGGUUGUAUCGAUUAUCAAAUAUGGGAAGAUUGUGAUAAAUGGGUUACAUUUUUGAAUAAUCAAGAACCUGAUUUCUUCAAAUCUCAAAAGGAAGUAGAUAAAUUAAGGCAAUUGAAAAGAGAAGCAAGUGAAUUGAGAAAGAAAAAAUUAUUAGAGAAGAGAAAACAACAAGAACAACAAAGUUUGAGCACGCCGCCAACAACUCCAACAAGAGGAGAGAAACUUUUAAAAAUUUCACAAUCAGGUCUUUCUGAUUCAUCAUCAUCAUCAGAAGGAGAAGGAGAAGAAAAAGACCUAAUAAAACAUGAAUCACUUCGAAGUUUGAAAAGAAAAUUGUUACCUCCAAGUAGUAGUAAAUCAGCAGUUAAGAAAGCUAAACUCCAACUUAAAGAAGCUAUUGUUAGCGAUAGUGAAAGUGAUGAUGAUCAAGUGCUGAAAUUGAAAGCAGAAAUGUAUUUUAAGAAAGAAAAUACUACACUUACAACAACAUCUUAG